CGUAAAUACAAAUCAUGACGAGAAUAGGCAGUAGGAUUAAGACGACCAGUAUCACUUUGUAUACGGCAUGGAUAGUUGCUGUGUUAUCAGUGUUCCAAGCUAGUGGUAACAGACAAAUUAUUAGAGGUGAUAUCCAUGCUAUACUUAUUAUAAUACCAACAUGUCUUGUGUUCAUUAGCGAACGGUACUGAAAUGGACGGGUUAAUGCUAUAAAUCGUUCAAACGUCACUGCAGCCAGGUUAAAAAUAGAUGCAAAUAGGAUGAAAGCAAUGAGAUAUCCUGCUAUAAUGGUUUUGGCAUAGUGAUCGAUAAUAUAUGUAGGUGUGAACACGAUUCCAACGAGCAGGUCCGCAGCAGAUAAGCUCACUAUAAAAUUAUGCGCUGAAGUCGAGAGAUUCGUUUUGUUAGCCAUCGUGUCACUUUUGGACGUACUAGCAGUAAACGGUCGCCAGAGUAUACUUCUGGAAUCGUUCUACAAGAAAUGAAUAUCGAAAAGAUGAGAUUUCAUGGACUGUUGAAUCCAUAAUCGUCUCAACAAUGAACAACACAACAAGCGAUUCAUCRUAUCUCAACCCUCCUCCUGUCCCACUAAUCGUAUGCUGGGCAGUCAUGGGGCUUGCAUCUACUGUACUAAACCUCGUUGUGUGUGCAGUGGUUGCUCUGAAUGGUCGUCUUGUAACCGUCACCAAUGCAUUCGUGGUAAGUCUGUCAGCAUCCGAUCUGCUAGUUGCAGCAGUGUUUGUACCCAUCUACAUCAAGGAAGAGUAUUCCAGAACAAAAGUAACUAUUAGUGGUUACAUUAUUUCCUUUUUACUGCUUGCAUCAAUCUUCAACCUCUGUGCAGUUACAUACGAAAGAUACAUMGCUCUUACAAAGCCUUUUGGUUAUCGCACSAUAAUGAACAAGAAAAAGACAGCAGUCACCAUUUUCUUGUCUUGGUUCGUCCCUCUUGUCAUUUGUCUUCUUCCCAUUGCAUGGAAAGAGAAUCCAAUGUCUGACUACCACAAAGCUUAUCUUAUCACUUUGGUAAUCGUGUUUGUCCUCUUACCUUGCAUUGGCAUGGUUUGGGUGUACGCAAAGCUCUUGAAAAUCGUCAGGAAUUUCAUCCAGAGAAACAGACGAAGAACCAGCCAUGGAAACAAGACAGGUGAACGAGCCGGGACGGAGGAGAAAGCAGCAAGGGUGUUUGCCAUCAUUCUUGGGAUGUUCUUGUUAUGCUGGCUACCAUUUAUGUACAUCAACGUUUGCCAUGCUUUCCAACUUAACCAUCUCAUCACCAACGGCCUUGCCUAUACAUCRUUCUUUACUCUUCUUCUGAACACUAUCCUKGACCCGCUCAUCUUUGCCUUUCUUAAACGUGACUUCAAAGAAUGCAUUUUCAAAGGCCGCAAAAAAUGGUUGUCUKCAAGAUCCUCUGCUAAACAAAGUGAUCACGAAGAAAUGAUAACAGCAACCUGUUUGGAAACUUUAAACUAAAACCAUUUAAUAUCAGGUCUUGUGUGUGGGGGUCUCUUCUUAACUACUAAUCUUUUUUUCUUAGCUGUCUUUUUUUUCUUUUCCACUUAUCCCGCCGUCUCCUUUGUACUCUUCACCCCUUCUGUUAUUUUUAUUGUCUUAAUUUCUCUUCUGCAUUUGAUCUUUAUUUCGUGUUUUGUUCUGUAUAUAUUUUCUAAUUCUUACCUACACAUAUCGCUUCAUUCUCAGAUUUUACUUCCGUUAAACUGGGGUUGCUGACCCAGCUGUAAAGCUGUUCCAGUAUAGAAACAACACCGAAAGUCAUUUUGACACAUGUAAAUGUACUUCGAAUAUCCUAGCAACUACCACUUUCUUGUAAGCUUGCAAUCAUUAACACUUCGAAUUGUCAGUAGGAAUUAUCUAAAAGACAGUAAACGUUAGGAUUAUUAACAGCUUGCUGCAUGAAAUAUCCUCAAUGACUCCUCCAUUGAAGAAAUGCAAUGUAUACAUAGGUAAAAAGACUUGCUCUGUAUAGCUAGUCGACUUUCGAAAAGGCAUGAUAUAAUAUAGGAGGGUUAUGUGACAAGUUAUAGUUAAGAGCAGGGUUUGAAUAAAKCGAGCAAAGUCGUCUAUCAACGCUUUUUUUUUCAGAUCAUCGACUUUAUUACAUCAUAACAUAAAUGAUUAAUUUACAUGCUAUAGUUUUUUUUAUCCCAUUGAGGCAUUUUUGUUACUUUAAUGGGCAAAAAGUGGGAAGUAGUCAAUGAGGUGUUUUUGAUAUUCAAAAUAGAAAAACACUCCAUCUUGACGCCUGUGAUUAGCUAUUUAUCGAGUUAGAAGCUGAAGUAAGUUAUAUAAUUAGGGUGAGGUACUUCGCACGCUCGUACCAGUAAAUUGAUCAAGCCUUGUAUCUAUGGAAUACCCUCCUUCCUUGGCAGACGAAGUUUUUUGAAAUAUUAGACUUUUAGACUUUAUUUGCCAAAUCAAAUAAACAUUGAAACUCAUAAAGAAAAUGAAAGAAU